AUGUCACUGCUUACAUCUGAAUGGGUUCCAUAUGGAACUGAAAAUUACUUCAGGAAACUUGAAAUGUAUUCUGAUAUGUAUUGGUGCAAUGAAAUAGAUAUUAGCACAUCUGUUGUAAUUGCAGCACCUUGUGGAGGACCAGUGAUUGUCAUACGUGAUCGAACAAAAUUGGUGUCUGUAAAAACAGUUGGAAAGCCAAUAAUUUCGGUAUACACAUCAUCUGGAAAAAUUAUUUCAUCUUUUGUGUGGAGUUCAGGCCAUUUAAUCAACUUAGGAUGGUCAAACAAUGAAGAAAUAUUAUGUUGCCAAGAUGAUGGUUUGGUCUUAAUUUAUGAUUUGUUUGGAAACUAUCAGCAUACUUUUAGUAUGAUAAAGGACCGACAAGGUGUUAAGUUAUUAGAUGCAAGAAUUACAAGUAACUUUACAAGAACUAUUGUAGCAGUAUUAACAGAGACCUGCAAUAUUUAUGUUAUGAAUGAUAUUACAAAAGUAAAAGUUCACAUUUUACCAGAUAUUCCAGAUAUGAAUAGUUUGCCAAAUUUAUGGGAAAUAGUAUUAUUAGAAAGACAAACAAAUGUAUUGAUUUCAACAAAUCACUCUUUGUAUUCUGUUUCUCAUGCUGAAUGUAAACAACAAUUUAUUGGAUUUAAUGACACAGAUUAUAACAAUGAUACAAGUCUUACAAAUUCAAUAAAGAAAAUCUCUAUUUCAGCUGAUCACAAAUAUAUUGCUCUAUUAAAUAAUGAUAAUAUAAUUUGGAUCGGAUCUUCAGAUUUACGAAAAGUUUAUAGAAUUUAUAGAAAAUCCUUUUCUAGUUCCAUUGAUCAAAUGGCUUGGUGUGGAACAGAAGGAGUUGCAUUAUAUUUUAGAUCGGAAGAAACAGUGAUGAUUAUUGGUAAAAUUGAGGAUCAAGUAUCUUUUAUAUAUACCGACCCUAUUUGUUUAGUAUCAGAAAUUGACUGUGUUCGAGUAAUAGGAGCGUUUUCAAAUGAUAUGUUGCAAUUAGUACCUCAUUAUGUACAAGAAAUUUUUCGUAUUAAUAGUACUAGUCCUAGUUCUUAUUUAGUUGAGGCUUCUAAGCAAUUUGAGAGAAGAAACCACCGAGCUAAUGAAUAUAUACAUUUAGUAAAUCAAAUGUUGGAAACUGCAGUUGACCAUUGUAUCAAAGCUGCAGGACAUGAGAUUGAUACUUCAACACAAAAGUUAUUGAUGAAAGCUGCUCAAUUUGGAAAAACAUUUUUGCCAAACUGUAAUCCAGAACAAUAUAUAAAUCUCUGUAGAUUACUCAGAGUUCUAAACGCUGUCCGGGAUCCAAAAAUUGGUAUUUCUAUAACAUAUCCUCAGCUGCAAAAAAUAUCAGUACAGACAUUAUUGGAUAAACUUGUUGGUCAACGGCAUUACUAUUUAGCUUUACAAGCUUCCUCUUAUAUUCGUAUGUCAAGCAAUCUAGGAUCCAGUCGUAUUUUAACUCAUUGGGCCAAGUUUAAGGUGAAACAAACACAAGUAGAUAGAGAACAAUUAGCAACUACAAUUGCUGAUAAACUUGGAAAAUAUUCUGGAGUUUCAUAUCAUAGUAUUGCAGAAAUUGCUGCAAAUAGUGGCAGAAUACAACUUGCUAUAAAACUUUUAGAUUAUGAAACACAAGUCAAUUUGCAAAUACCACUGUUAUUAAAAUACCAACAAGAUACCAUUGCUCUGAAAAAAGCUGUUGAAAGUGGAAAUACUGAUCUUGUUUAUAUGGUAUUACUUCAUAUGCAAACUUCUAUGCCACUUGGAAAAUUUCAAAUGGAAAUAAAAAAAAGUUCUGUUGCUCAAGCUCUUUACAUAAAAUAUUGUCAUCAGCAAUCAGGGUAUUCACUGUUGGAUAUGUACACACAAGAAGAUAAUCAUGAAGAGUUAGCACUUUAUCAUAUCACUGAGUCGAUUAAAUCAAAAAACACUAAAGAAAUGUCUGUAUCAAUCAAUGAAGCCAUUAAUUGUUAUAAAAGAACACGAGAUGAAUUUUCAUUGACUACUUGUGAAAGCCAAAUAAAGUUAAUACGAUAUCAAAGCAGUUUAGAAGAAAAAUUGAAAAAUGAUUUUCAAUUCAAAGUCCCUGAAAGAAGGUAUUGGUGGGCUAGAUUAACUGUACUAGCUAAGCAAGAAGAUUGGAAUGAACUUGAGAAGUUAUCAAAAGUAAAAAAAUCCCCAAUUGGAUAUGAGCCAUUUGUAGAUGUCUGUAUUGAACAUGGAAACAAAUAUGAAGCAUUAAAAUAUUUAUCAAAAGUAAGAGAUGAUCUUAAACAAAAUUAUAGUACUAAAGUGACGUCAAUGCCUUGA